AUGGCCGCCAUGCCAAAACAUCUAAUGUAAAGGGUUCAACGAUUCGAGACCAAAUUUGAAAAGCUGUGCCAGGACUUCUAGGCUCGUAUAGCCGUCCACUCAAACACUUUUGCCUCACUUGUUCAAAUCCAGCGAAAAACGCCAAAUCUCAUCACUACGGCCUGGCUCCAAUCUGACUCACUCCGACACAAAGCCAAGCCAAGACCAAAUGGGCGAGACCCUGACGCAGUGUGGAAGCAGAGACGGAUGCCUCGAAAACAGCUUCAAUGAGACGGCGGAAUUUGGCUCGCCAUCGGCGCCAUCUGAAGCUCCACACCUUCCACCAUUUCCCUCUCAGAAAGGAUGUGACACUGAUAUGCCACUAUGGCGGCUCAAUGAUGUUGGCCUGCAUACAGGUCCUUCAUGUUUCGCGAUAACCGGUAUUGGUCGACCAUGGACAAAGUUCUAUUAG